AUGAUCAACACCAUGGAAUGCGCUGUUGAUGCGCAGAGCAUGAUCUCCAUUUCCCUCAUGAAGAUCCACAACUCCAGGACUCAGAGGGGUGGCAUCAAGUUGCACAAAAACCUGCUGGUCUCCUACGUGCUAAGGAACGCCAGGCAGCUUUACAUCAAGGAGAAAUACGCGGAAAUUUACAGGAUGCAGCAAUACGAAGAGGUGAUGACGGUGUGCAACGAGAUCCAGGAGCUGAACCCGUUGGACCUGGAUACGGAGGACACCGAGAACGAGGAGCAGACGCGGGCUGCUUGCUGCGGCGGCGACGAGGCGAGUCUCCACGGCCGCCCAGCGAGCGCGCUCUCCGGCUGCGCCUCUCCGGGGGACGCCUGCAAAGAAGCGGAGCCGUCUUACUACAGAAGCUGCUGCAUGGAGGUCUCACAUUGCGAGCCGAACAACCCCACGUACUGCAACAAAACCACCGUGCUGGACUUGGACACGCAUGUUGUGACCACGGUGGAAAACGGCUACCUCCACCAGGACUGCUGCUGUGACGCGCUCCACGCCGGCCAGGGCGCGCAGUCCCCCGGCAAGAAACGAAAGGUUGACUUUGAGUGCUGCUUGUGCGACGUGGAUGAGAUGACGGAUUUUUCCGUCUCGCGUAAACGGCUAAAACGCGAAGAGUAUACGUACUGUAACCCGGACUACACGGACACUUCCAACAUCUCCAACCUGAUCUCCAUCUUCGGCUCGGGCUUCACGGGGCUGCUGAGCAGGCAGGCUGACUUGGAGCAGAUCUGUAGCAAACAGGCACUGGCCAGUCUGGGAGCGUGGACUCGUGCCAUUGUGGCGUUUUGA